AUGAAGCCAGCACUGGCGCUUCUCCUCCCUCUCUCCCUCCUCCUCCUCCUCCUCCAUGCCUUCCCCCGUCCUGCCACCGCCCUCUGCGUCCCUCGCAACUCUUCCAACCCGACCAACCUCGCGGCCCUCCCGCCACCUUCCGUCACUACCACCUCAAGCCCCGCGACGCCCUCACCAGCCCUGAAAUCGCCUUCAUCGUCCUCAAAUCCGUCACAGCUGCCGCCUUCCAAUACCACCCCAACCCCUGCGACACCCUCACUACCCUUGCAAUCGUCGUCACAGCCGUCGCAGCUGACACCCUCACCACCUGCCUUUUCGCAGCCCGCGGCCGCGGUCUCCACCCAAUUGUCCGCUCGCCACCCGCUUCUCAACCUGCUCCCCUUCGCCGGCGCCGUCAGCGCGCUGUGCGGCCACACGGACUACCCCGACGUGUGCGCCUCGUCGAUCCAGCCCCUCCCGCACCCGCCCGGCCUCGCCGGCCCCGCCGCCCUCCUGAAGCUGCAGCUGCAGGCGUGCCGGGAGCAGGCGGAGAAGGCGCAGGCGCACAUCGCGGCACUCGUCAGCCUCCCCGGCACGAAGGCGCGGGAUGCGAGCAGCCUCCAGGACUGCGACGACAACUACGACGACGUGAUCGACAACCUCGACGAAGCCGCGGCUGCCUUGGAGUCCAGGGACAAGGGUACGCUCAAAACCAUGCUCAGCGCCCUCGUCACCGACUUCUCCACCUGCGACGACGGGUUCGCGGAGAUUGCCAAGGUCUCGCCGCUGGCGGUCAUCGACGAGAUGCUCACCAAGUUGGCAAGCAAUUGCCUGGCGAUCGCGGCCUUGGUCUGA